CUCUCCCGUGUGCUCAGCACUAACCUUCCUCCUCACACACACUCAUGCAUAUGAACGCUCACCGCACGAGGCUGCAUGGGACUCUGCAAGAGAGGGCUGCUGGUCUGGAUCCUUUUGAUCCUUCAGUUUGAGUGUCCCCUCCUUUAGAGUGCCAGGGGGACGGGUUCCCCAGCAGUUACGGAUCCAGGGACUCCAUCAUCAAAGCUGGUUCAAAGAGAGGGUUUAAAAGAAAAAGGCGUGGGCAGCGACGGCCGAUUGACAGCUGCAGCAGCUUGGAUAAAGUGCACACCACUGGAGGAGACACAGAGAAGCAGCAGUCUGCAUUUGGACUAGGCGGAGGUAUAGCCAUGCGCUGCUCCACCUUGCUCGUCAUCUUCACCUUCGUGCUUCUCUACUUGGUGCUGGGAGCUGUGGUGUUCCGCGCCCUGGAGGCUCCAGAAGAGGAGAACAAACACUAUCUCCUGCAGAUAUCGCACGAGUCCUUCCUGUCCAACUUCUCCUGCGUGGACUUAGAAAGUCUGGAGAGACUCAUAGAGGAUGUGGUGACUGCCGUGGGGGAAGGUGUGGAUGUCGCAAGGAACAACACCUUUGUCAGCAAAUGGGAUAUAGGCAGUGCCCUAUUCUUCUCAGGGACCAUCAUCACAACCAUCGGUUAUGGAAACAUCUCCCCCAAGACAGCAGGAGGGAAGGCGUUCUGCAUUUUCUACGCCCUGGUGGGAAUCCCAAUGUUCGGUAUCCUGCUCGCCGGAGUCGGAGACCAUCUUGGUACUGGGCUGAGGAAAGCUGUUGCCAAGAUAGAGACUCUCUUCCUGAAAUGGCGGGUUAGUCCCACUAUUGUUCGUGUGAUCUCAGCCGUCCUGUCCAUCCUGCUGGGGUGCUGGCUCUUCAUCGCCGUGCCCAUCAUGGUUUUUCAAGAGGUGGAGGACUGGACGUUCCUGGAGUCUGCCUAUUUUGUGGUUAUCACUUUAACUACAGUUGGCUUUGGCGACUAUGUUGCAGGCGAUUCUGCAAACCCGGGAGACUUCUGGUACAAGCCGUUGGUGUGGUUCUGGAUCCUGCUGGGUCUUGCUUAUUUUGCAUCUAUCCUGGCCAUGAUCGGUAACUGGCUCCGUGUUCUGUCAAAGAAGACCAGAGCUGAGAUGGAAGAACUUCGAGCCCAUGCCACUGACUGGACCCAGAAUAUCCAGAACAUGUCUGUGGACUUUCGCAUACCAGGAAAAAUUGAUGACCCUUUCAAACGGCGCCGACGAAAGCGCCGCCAUGGCCCUCGCAGCCACGGUCAGAGCUUAUCAGCCACCGGUGCUCCUGAGGGCAAUCAAGAGGGGAAUCAAGAGCAGAAUGAGAGUCAAACAGAGUCCGGAUCAUACACCACAUCUUCUUCCUCGAACGAAUCAGAAUCUGAAUCAGAAACAGACUCUCAAGCCACUCAGACGGAGCGGGUGCCUGCGGAAAAAACUGCAGAGCCUCCCCCUGAGCUGCACCUCUCUCAACCUCUGGACUACUUUGGGGAGAACCUUGCCUUUAUUGAUGAGUCCUCAGACGCUCAGAGUGGUAAACUACAUUUGGAUCCUCUGCUUGAUCCGACAAAACCCAACUCGCGACAGGCAAAGAGGAGACGCAACAGGCAGAGAGCCUCAAAAGUCAACGGCUCAAUUGACAACAAGACGCCCUCCAACGGAAACCAUGCACCAGCUCCAGAUCUAUCCCCGAACCCUUAAGAGUGACACUUUUCUCAGAAAAUAAACUAUAACUCUAUAACAUACUGAGUUCUGCUGACCAUAGACAAUUAAGCUGAGAUCUGAUGCUCAAGCCUUACAGCCAUGUAUGGUUUGCAUUUCAAUUUUCCUAUUAGCAUGUGAGUUUGAAUGCCUUAAAGAUGAACAAGUUCACAUUACUUUAAAAGGACUGUCUGCUCUCUACUGGGCACACGCUGUAUUGCACUAUCACCCUAUCAACAUUAACCUCCUUUUACUAAUGCAACCAAAAACCCACGAGGUCAGAAACUCGCCACAGCAGAGAAAUGCUGACGUUGCAAAGCGGUUGCUCACAUGUGUAAAAGUUACUCGGGAAUCCUGCCAACAAUUAAACGGGUACUAAUCAUGCAACUGAUUGUUUUUUUUUUUCUGUUUUUGUUGUUGUUGUUUUUUUUGGUAAGGUAACAUUUUUUUAUUAAAACUAUGCAUAACCAUGAUAUUUGCAUUUUGACUGCCACAUGCACUAAAUUU